UAUAAGGCAGUUGUGGAGAAGCAGUUAGGAAAAAGUAUCAAGUCAUUACGAUCUGAUCAUAGUGGCGAAUAUCUCUCGAAUGAAUUUGGGAACUACUUGACGGAUAAUGGUAUUACAUCCCAGCUGACUGCGCCUGGCACGCCUCAGCAGAAUGGCGUAGCAGAACGGAGGAACAUGACUCUUAUGGAAAUGGUUAGGGCAAUGAUGAGUUAUAGUAGUUUACCAGAUUUGUUUUGGGGAUAUGCCCUAGAAACAACAGUAUACAUUCUGAAUAGAGUACCUUCUAAAUCAGUACCGUCUACACCAUUGGAGUUGUGGUCUGGGCAUAAGCCUAGUCUAAGGCAUCUCAGGAUUUGGGGUAGUCCAGCACAUGUGCUGAGAACCGAUACUGAUAAGUUGGAACCAAGAACAAGAGUAAGGCUGUUUGUGGGAUAUUCUAAGGAAAUGAAAGGUGGUCUAUUUCAUCGUCCCGAGGACCAGAAAGUAAUCGUUAGCACGAAUGCUAGGUUCUUGGAAGUAGACUAUGCACUCCAAGAUCGGGACGCAGAGUCUUGGCAAAAGGCGAUGAAAUCUGAUAUAGAGUCAAUGGACACUAAUCAGGUCUGGGAUCUUGUAGAGCCACCCAGUGGCGUUCGCGCCAUUGGAUGCAAGUGGGUCUAUAAGAGAAAGAGAGGAGCAGAUAUGAAGGUUGAGACCUUUAAAGCUAGGCUUGUUGCGAAUGGGUACACUCAGAAAGAAGGGAUCGAUUAUGAAGAAACCUUUUCGCCGGUAGCAAUGCUCAAAUCCAUCAGGAUUCUCUUGGUUGUGGUCGCUCAUAUGGAUUAUGAUAUUUGGCAAAUGGAUGUUAAGACCGUUUUCCUUAACGGGAAUUUGGACGAGGACAUCUAUAUGCAGCAACCAGAAGGAUUCAUUGCAAAGGGCCAAGAGCAUCUGGUCUGCAAGCUGAAGGGGCCAAGGACGAUGAGGCUACCAGCCUGGGUCAAGGACAGACGAGUGAUCGUACUCGUAGACAACGGGUCAUCACACAACUUCAUCAAUGCCUACUUAUUCCAGAAGCUAAAUCUACCAACCACGAUGAUUGAGCCCUUUGAAGUUCGAGUAGCCAACGGUGAGAGGCUUCAAUGCACUAAGUCCUUUCGUAAAGUACCAAUCAAAUUUCAAGGAGUUGUCGUGGAAGUCGAUCUCUAUGCCCUACCCUUGGUUGGACCGGACGUGGUUCUAGGAGUUCAAUGGCUAGAAGGGUUGGAAAGGGUGACCACAGAAUACUGCACCGAAGUCAUGGAGUUUCGAUCUAGAGACAAGAGG